AUGAUUUGCCUGGAAUUCAAAAGGAUUGUGGGAAAAGACCUGCAGCAGGAGUUUUAUUCUGCCCUUGAUGAUCACCGUACCCGUCUUAUGGAAAUCUUUAAAGCGAAGAGGGGCAACGUGGGCGAACAUUUGGCACAGCUUUUGCAGCAAAUGCAGUCACUGGAUCCCACAGAAAAAAGGACUGUCGCGCUAAGAGGGCUUCCACACCUACUCGGAGACAAUCCCACUGAGUUCUUCAAAUCAAGCUCUAGCCGAAAGAGCGUCUCUCUGCGGGGUCAGGUCCCAGGCCCGGCUGAGGCCUGCUGCUCAGAGAAAGUGCAGAUGGAGAAGCAGAUAAAUGCUGAGGGCGCAGCCUUCAAAAGGAAAGCGAAGAGUGAAGAAUGUUAA